CUACAGGACAGAGAGACAUGCAUUGCCUUGCUGGUGGGAGCCAAAUAUGGAAUCAGUCAAGUGGUUAAUAGCAAACUCAACAUCGUAACCUUGCUGGCGGAAUUUGCUAACAUAAGCAGAGUGGAGCUCUCUAAAGAAUCUGACAAAGUAAGCAUGGUGAAGAUCUACCUCCAAGAUAUCAAGGUGCUCACUGUACUGCUGGAGUCCAACAGUGCCAAAGAUCUGGCUUGUCUCAUCAGUGGUUACUACAGAAUGUUUGUAGAUUCAAGCAGCUCCAUAUUCAUCUGGGAGGAGAGAAAACCUCAAAUGCACCGGAUCUCUGCUGAGGAAGGAUAUGAAUCUAGAACCUGCAGUGACUCUGAAGAAUCUUCUGAGCUAGAUUCCUCCUUGGAUCGGUUCUCAGACACACAUUCACCUAAGUACAGCAGUAUUAGUCCCCCAAUUGAGGAGGAAGGAGAGCAGCAAGAGCUGGAGCAAGAAAGGAAGACCUUGGAGGCCAAAGAAAUGAGCUUUUGCAAUGGGUACAACAUAAGCGAUAGCCUUUCAGAAGCCUCUGAUUCAGCCAACACAGAAAGCAGGGGGCCAAAGUCCAGUGGCUCAAGUGACUCUCUGGAUGCCUUGGAAGAAGAUGAUUUAGAAGCGUGCUCAGCAAGCAGGCCGGAGAUUUUUCAGUUUUGUAACUCUGCCCUUCAGAAACUGGCCAAUAAUGACAAGAUGCUUUUUAGUGCGGAUGGAGAUGAGGAAAGCAGAACAUCACAAGAAAGUUUUUUUUCUUUCCUCCUGCCAUCCCUGGUAUCCAGUCCGGUUCUUCCACAAUCAGAAGAGGAAUCCAAAAGAGAAAAUGGUGUGAGCAUUCUAGAGUCCAAGUUGGCCAAAAGCAACGCCAUGGACUACUACAGCCUCUGUGCCAAUCUCUCACCAGCCAGCAGUGGAGGGAAGCAUACCCAGAGCAACAGUCCUGAAAGCUGCUCUUUGCAGGAGCCUGAAGACCAUGAGAAAAUCAGCGAGGGCCAGGCUCCUGUCUUUGUCUUGAGAUCUCCCCCUGGCUUUGAAAAGACUAAUUCAGAUGAUAACAUCUGUGAUGGAAGCAAAAGGAUGAGCCCAGCUGAGCCACAAGCAGGUUCUGAAAUUUUGCCCCUACACCGUUCCCAAGAGUUGCCAUCUUGUGGCAGUUUGGAUGAAAACAUCCUGUCAAGGCAAAGUAGAAGGAUGAAAUCCAAGCUAGGAAAAGACCCAACGUGUGCCAAUAAUUUGAGGAAAAGAAGGUCCUUCCUCGAGACAAAUUAUACUUCCCAAGUUAGUUUCCCCAGCACUUCACCUGAAGCGCUGGAAACCAGUGUUUGUUGCAAUAAAGACACUACCAUUUCAGGAGUUUCAAACCCCGCAGCUGAGUCUUUAUGGAAGGAACCCCAGCAAAUUCCCAAUCUUCUUGAAGUCACACAGAAAACCCAGGUGGUCCAAAAUUCAACCUCUUCAUCUGAUUCAACAGAAAUGAGGCAGAAUUCAUCAGUACUCAAUUCAGUUUUGUGCCUGGCCUCUGCGCAGGCAAGUGGAGGAAGUUUAGACUCAAGCGAUUGCUCUUUAAAUUCUUUUUAUAUGCCCCCUCAUCACAGUCCACAUUUAAGUACACCAGAAAUUAAUUUUCACCCGGAAGGUCUUGAUCCCACUUGUGAAAUAAAAACAGAAAAGCUUACAGAAAUAGCUAAGCAAGUUCGGGGACAUUGUGAAGUAAAAGCAGAGUGUUCUGUAAAGCAAGGACUUGACAAAAAAGUGAGGACAAUCAAAGCUACGCCUCCAACAGGAGUCAGUUAUGUAUUGAUUGAAGAAAUAAUACACACUACUACCAAGCCUUCUGGGUCUCAGAACAGCACCCAAGGCAAACCUUCGUCUUUCGCCCCAAUCUUGGACCUGGAUUCUCUCCCUGCAGAGAAAGCUAAGAAACAGGAAUGGGUUAUGUUAGAUCCCUGCAAGAGAGCCAAAGGUGACUCCAUCUUGUGUGAUUCCGGCCAGGCCCAUGGAGACUUAAAGCUUGAAGAAGGUAUCAGCCAAUUGUCAAAAAAGGGUGCUGCACAGAAAUCAGGAGAUGAAAAACAUCUGGGGAUUUCAAAUGUAACUCAACUAUUUUUCAACUGCAGUGAUACAUCAGGCCAAAUUUGCUGGCCAAAUUUCAGUUCAGCAGCAGAAAAUGCAAAAAGCUGUCAGCAAUCAGAUCAUGAGUGCCAAGGAAUUACUAGCCGAAAUGGCCUAGGCGUUAAUAAUUUAGCUUUAAAAGAUGGCAUUAUAAAUCAAGUCCCAGCCCACUUAUCAGCUGUGAGUAUGUCUCAUAAUCUGUGCCAAUCUACAGACAUUGCUGGUGACUUUAAAACAAGGGGGGGAAACCUCACAGGAAAUGCUCUCCUGAAAGAUGAUAAUAAGAGAUCCAGUUCACUAAUGGUUUCCUCAGAGGAGAACACAGAACAAAGCAAAACUGAUAAUUCAGCUGAACAGGGCUACCCUUCAUUUGACAUUUCGUCUAAAGCAGCCAGGCCCAGUGGGAAAAACUGUACUUCAGAUCUAUCCUUUCUCUCUUCUGACAAUGCCACUGAAGGUGCAGUGGCUUUCAGUGACACAGGUCCACCAGGUUUAGUGAAUUCUGAGGAAACAUUUAUACCCAGACAUAAACUGGAGAGAUGCAGCUGCCAGUUGUCUUAUGCAAGCUGUUUCCAUGGGGUAGACAAUGAAGCAGAAUUAGACAGCACCAAACCUUUCGCAAGUAGCAUUUCUGAAGGACCCUUAACAACUCCACCUUCAACAAGAAACCCACUGCCUUCAGAUUUUAAUCCCACCAGGCACCACCAAGAACAUAUUUAUAUGAACGGGACCCCCAGAGAUUCUCAGAAUCACAGAUACCUCCCAGAAUUGCCUAUCAAAGAACUGAGCUAUAUGAAAGAAAAAUGGUCUAUCUCGCCACUUGACUUCUGCCAUUUGUUAGGAGAUGUAGUAGAGCUAAAGGAAAUUUUAAGGCGGUCUUCAGGAAACCAAAGAAAACAUCCAGUGGAACAAUGUGCUGCCUUUUUUUCAGAAAACAAGAAUGCCUUGUAUGUGGAAUCACAGAGAUUGUUAGUUAAUUGCCAGAAGAUUAUCGAAGCACAAGGGCCUUCUCCCGAGACACCAGUCAUAGUUCAAAAGACCUUCCAAAACCUUCUCCAGUUGACGGAAGUAUGCCUACAGUUCACAGACUGUGACUUUUGCAGUAGUGGGCACAUAGACCUUAAAAUCAACCUGCGGGAUGUUUUAUGUAGCUAUCAACAGUUUUUGGAAGCAUGUAGGCAAACUCAUGAGAAGGAUUACUCCAGUCUAAGCUUAAAACUUUGUGUGUGUCAAUAUACAGCCCUCACUGCUUCCCUUUUCUGCCUUACACAGCAGUUCAAAGCUUCAUCCUGCACAUGAGAUGGAUUUGCUAAGCUGUCUCUUCCUGCUUCUCCUUUCUUUGCACUAACACUACAGCUAUUGUUAAAUUCAUUAUAAAGAGAAUUAGCUAUUUUGAAAACUUGCAUUUUUUUGUGACCUUCUGAGUUGGCCUGAUAAAUGUAUAACCCUGGGAGAUUCUAAUAAAAGCAGGGGAUGUGUAAAAGAAUGGCUUGAAGGAAAACUGA